AGCAAACACAAGAUUCUCUCUUCUUCGUUAGUUCCUUUUCAAGGUUUUCUUGUUGUUGUGAAGACAGAGAUGGACUUUGACGAGGAGCUCAAUCUUUGUAACAACAAAGGUAAAACUAUCAAGAAGAUGAGAGAAUAUGAUCAUCCACCUAAACCCUAUUCCCCAUUUUCAUCUUCUUCUUCUGAUCCCUUAGCGGCUUUCCCUUUUACUCUCGAUCCAACCACUCAAAAUCAACAACAACAAAAACUCGGAUACUUUCAGGACCCGGCAAUGCAAGGCCAGAAGCAAAUGAUCUCGUUUAGUCCCCAACAGGAGCAGCAGUAUAUGUCCACGUAUUGGAACAACACAAUGAAUCUGAGCCAAGAGAGUGUUCAGCCGUACAGCGCAACCAAGCUGUACAGAGGAGUAAGACAACGUCAGUGGGGAAAAUGGGUCGCGGAGAUACGUAAGCCAAAGAGCAGAGCACGUCUCUGGCUUGGUACCUUUGAUACAGCUGAAGAAGCUGCCAUGGCCUAUGACCGUCAAGCUUUUAUAUUGAGGGGUCAUAGUGCCACACUUAAUUUUCCUGAGCAUUAUGUGAAUAAAGAAGUUGAGAUGCAUGAAGAAACUGACGCGUCAAGUUCCUUGGAUCAGAAGCAAUCCGAAGCGCUGGAGACAAACGAGGUUAACUUGGAAAACAAGGAAGAAGCAGUGAGUGAUGGUAUGGCUGAGGCAUGGUUGAAUGCGGUUACAGCGGGAUGGGGUCCUGAAAGUCCUCUUUGGGAUGAUUUGGACAGUUCUCACUUUCCACAAUGCUCGUCUUCUUCCUCUGCUUCUUGUCCCAUGAGACCUUUCUUUUAA